AUGUGGAACGGCCUGGUUUACAAAACAAACCCUCACUCUUCUGACAGUCUGGAAAACUACAAACCACCAUCCUUCAAUUACUACGUGCAUGACUGUCAGCACGGAAAAGCCUACUCGGACAUUGGUGCAAGCAAGAGCAUUCAAGAGGCAAACAAAGAUUCUUUUCAGGAUGAUAUCCUGAAGGACCCACCAAACACAGAAAGGAGUGCCACUACUAAUGAGAAAAGACUGUGGACAUCCCCAGUCCCAUAUGUUUUGAAUGAAGACCUUGAGAUGAAUGCUAAAGGAGUCAUCCUGAAAGCCUUUGACCAGUUCAGGUUGAAGUCAUGUAUUGACUUCAAACCAAGGGACUCUGAGGAGUAUUACAUCAACGUCAAAAAUAUAGGCGGAUGUUAUUCAUAUAUUGGGAAAGUAAUAUCCAACGGACAGGAAAUCUCCAUCGGGCCUUACUGUGAUUCCAUCGCAACGGUUGAACAUGAGUUCCUCCAUGCUUUGGGCUUCGACCAUGAACAGUCCAGAUAUGACAGAGAUGAUUAUGUGACCAUUGUUUACGAGAACAUCAGAGAAGACUAUGAGAAUAAUUUUGACAAACAAAGCAAUGUAACCAGCACCAACCAGGGAGUCCCGUACGACUUCUGGUCAGUGAUGCACUAUGGCAAAGAUGCUUUCAGCAAUGGCAACGGGUUAACUAUUAUAACCAAAGACCCAAAGUUCGAAGAUGUGAUUGGUCAAAGACUGGAAGUGAGUCCCAAAGACGUUCUGGAGCUGAACCUCCUCUACAAAUGCAGUGAAGAUGUGCGUUACUUCAUGCAUGUUAGCACGGCAUCAGGUGAGGAGGGAGACUCGGCCUGGCUGGAGACCCACAGGAUGAGUCUCAAUAGGGAGCAUCAUGUCCAGUGUCUCCAGUUCUACUAUUUCCACAGUGGGAAAAUGUCAGACCACCUCAACAUCUGGAUCAGAGAGUUUCAGGAGGAAUUGGACCUCAAGGGAACCUUACGCCUCAUGGGACAGAUCACUGGUGAGCCAACAAACUACUGGAAGCUCCAUCAUGUGUCCCUGAAUGCCACCAAGCACUUCCAGGUGGAGUUUGAGGUUCGUAAAGGAGCAGGAAGCUCUACAGGCGGCUUCUCAAUUGAUGACAUAAAUCUGUCAGAGAUCGAAUGUCCACAUGUAACCAUGCAGCUUGAUGACUUUGAGCAGGCUUUGAACUCUGGAGGUUCUGGCAUCCCUAUUUACAGCCCUCGGCAAUACUCCAGCGGGGGCUAUGCUUACAGAGUUGGGGUUGUGUUGUAUAAUUCAUUGUUCGGAUUGAUUGUGCAACUCGUGUCUGGUGAAAAUGAUGACCGGCUGGAGUGGCCUUGCCCACAAAGGCAGGUGACCUUCAAAAUGCUGGACCAGAACGCCAACAUCCAGCUGCAGAUGUCCAAGCAAUUUAGUAUCACCAGUGAUCUAAGCAUAUCCUCUGAUGAUAUCACCCCGCUAGUCACUGGAAGUUCCCUGCCAAUUCCUCAAGUGGGACCAGUGGAGAUCAAAUAUCCUCCGAAAGAUCUAAAUGGAGGCCCCUGCUCAUCACGAAUCUCACCAACCACCACCCACUCAACUCCCAAAACAACGGAUGAGAGGUAUUCACACUGA